UCUGGCAAAUUUCAAGGCGUUCAUUUACACAAAUUGUGUCAAUCCGUCAAUCGGUGGGACUGUUCCCGUUUGCAAUUCAAAUAAUAAAAUGAGUUCAGCAGAAUGUGCCGGGCUAGUAGUAUAUAAUUGUGUCGUCUGUGGCAAUAAAGACAAUUUACUAAGGUGCGCUCGCUGUAAGACAACUUACUAUUGUAGCAAAGACCAUCAGUUACAAGAUUGGAAAAAGCACAAGGGGAUCUGCAAAAAACUCAAAAAUUCAGUUUCAGUUGAAAAUAAAUACGUACACAUUGUAAGCAAUCAAACUUUUAGUUCAUCGUUACCUACUGAAGGUAGUUCUGAGAAUGAAAUACUUAGUUCUUUAGGAGAACAGCUAGCUCCAAAUAACAAUUAUAAAGAAUUAUCAUCCACAGAAAAAUCUUUGAAUACAGUUAAUGUUGCCAUGCCUAUUAGCAGGGACAAUUUAGUCAAGCAUAAGGAAAAAAGUCUAAAGGACUUCCCUGAAAUAUCUUUAAACCCUCCUCAUAAUCUUGAAGACAAUGAAUAUAUUGAAGAAAUGUGCAGUAAUGUAAUUCAAGACAUGGGAAAUUAUGGACUAUGUGUUUUAGACAAUUUUCUUGGCAGUGAAAGGGGUAAAAACGUUCUAGCUGAAGUACUGACAAUGGAACAUCAGGGUGUUUUCAGAGAUGGACAAUUGGUAUCAUCAAAAGGUAAUAAUGAGGACAGUAAAAUUAGAAGUGAUCAAAUCUGUUGGGUGCACGGUAAAGAGCCAAACUGUCCAAAUAUUGGGUACCUGAUUAGUAAGGUUGAUUCUGUGAUUAUGAGAGCAAAUAAAAUGGAUAAAAUUGGACAAUUGGGAAGAUAUAACAUUAAUGGAAGGACUAAGGCAAUGGUUGCUUGCUAUCCUGGACUAGGAUCUCAUUACGUUAAGCAUGUAGAUAAUCCAAAUAGAGAUGGUAGAUGUAUAACGGCAAUUUACUACCUUAAUUUAAAUUGGAACGUGCAACGCAGCGGCGGGCUAUUAAGGAUAUUCCCAGAGGGAUGGCGGGAAGACAAGGUAGCCGAUAUAGAACCAUUAUUCGAUAGACUGUUAUUUUUUUGGUCAGAUAGAAGAAAUCCACAUGAAGUACAACCUGCAUAUAACACUCGGUAUGCAAUAACAUUGUGGUACUUCGAUGCUAUGGAGAGGGAAGAAGCGCUUAGGAAAUACGAAAGAGAAAAUUUUUUGGUUACACCGUGGUCAAACGAUCGGAAUAAAACGACUGUUUUGUGGUAGACAAAAUGGUGAUUACUGCUGUAUCUUAUUUCUUAAAUGACCUCUAUGAUUUUUAUUUUCCAAAUCUUGCCAAACUUUUGUAAACUAAAUCAUUUUGUUCCAUUCAUUGCGUUUUCUACUGAUAUCUUUCAAAUAAUGCACAUGUCACUGUCUUUUUUCAAUAGGACUCUAUUACAUUUUCUGUUACAAUAUUAAAAAUUGUGUAAAUGAAUAAUUAUGAAAAGUCACGUAAUUUCUACAGUAAAUUUCAUAACCGACAUUUGCCAGUACAUUGACCAACAAGAGGAGACAUAAAACAAACAUGUCUUAGUUUUAAAUAUGCAUAUAAGCAUAAAUCAUGCAGGGACCAUCCCCCUAGUCACCAACAAUGUGUCUAUCUGUAACAAGACGACUUAUUGCCAUCAGAGUAGUUUCUAAUCUUUAAUGUACAAGAUUUUCAUCUCUCAUCCACUAAACAAGUGGAAAAGUCAAGUUUUAUAUUUGUAUACUGUAUUGUAACGACAUUAUUCAUAUUCGUAUUUUGUUAGUUUUUAUACAAUAAAAAUACCACAAAAAAUGUUUUUAAAGCUCGCCAUCACUGACAAAGAUAGAUACGUGUCAUGUCCGUGAUAACUUCUCGGGGCUUCUAAUUAAAUCCAAACUGACAAUUGAAUUGUACGUUAUGAUAUAAGGGUUCUUUUUUUAAGGCCUACUUUAGAAACAUUUUUGAAAAAUCAGGAAAACCUUGACAAUUGAUAAUUUUUUUAAUUUCAUUAUUCAUUUUAGGAAAAACAGUGAAUCAAACAAAAUGACGAGUUACCCAUUAUUAUUCUAAAGAAAAUUUAUACAAGAGAUAGUUUUUCAAUUACGUCCUUUGUAAAUAUUGUGAAUUUUAUAUAAAUAUUGUUAUUUUGUAAGAUGAAAGUGUGAUAUUUAAUAUGUAAUAAUGAUUAUUGAAACCUUAGCUUAGCCGCUUGCAUCGUUCGAUCUGAACAUUGUAUAUUAUUUGUUUAUUUUUGCAGGUAUUAAAUUAUUUGAGUGAGUGUGACUUGUUACAAGAAAGAGAUUAUUUUUAUUAUUCAGACGUGUGAAUAUGGAAAGAGUAAUACUUUUUUGUUAUUAUUUUUCAGGAUUUUUCUCUGUUCUUGAAUAAAAAAAUACUGGAAAUAAUAAAACUACUUAAAAUAUUG